AUGGUGCUGGUCUGCCGCCCGCGCGAGACGGGCGACGCGCAUGUGCGCGCUGCAGGCACACUCGAGUUCGCGGAUGCGUACAGACAUAUAUCGCGCGUCUCGCGGCAGCGCGUGCUCGGCGAUCCCGGGACGGCGGCGCCGGGCGGCGCGACCGUCUUGAUCCUCACCACGCCGCUGGUCGACUCGCUGGCGGCCGCGCGCAUCUUUACGCGCCUGCUGGCGGACGACGAGAUUGCGUUCCGUGUGGCUCCGGUCAAUGGCUACCGUGCGCUGCAGCAGAUCCUCGCAGAGGACGUCGAAGGGCACUUGGAGUUGCACACGCUCGUGUUUCUGAAUCUAGGCUCGCUGAUGCCGCUACCGACGUCGGUGCCACUGCCGCCAAACUGCACGCUGCAUGUGCUCGACUCGCACCGUCCGUGGAAUUUGAGCAACUUGUUCGCAACCUCGCAGAUCAACGACCACAUUUAUAUCUGGGACGACGGCGAGGUCGAGGAAAGGCUCGGGCGCGAGCGCGAGGCCUACGAGAUGCUCGAGUUCGACGUCGACUCGGACUCGGAGGAGGAGGAUAGCGAGAGCGAAGGCGAGGCGAGUGAUGAUGCCCAAUCGGAUACCCCGGCCACCGACCGGCCUGCGAAGCGCGCACGCACCCCGGGCGGCGAGUCGCACACCAAGCGCCGCCUCGACGGCGAGCAACGCAAUGUCUACCGUGCAGUCCUGGCCAAGUACUACUCGCGGGGGAGCUGGACAGGGAUGAGCGCUGCGCAGAUGAUGUACCUCCUCGCCGUCUCGCUCGGCCGCGGCGACCGCGACUGCCUCUGGUACGCGGUGCUGGGCCUCACCUCGCAAUACAUCUCGAAUGCGAUCCACGCGGGGACCUACGAAGGCUACGCAUCCGCACUCGCUUCCGACGUCGUGGCGAUGUCCGCGGACGACCCGCGCCCGGCAGAGAUCCGAGGCCUGCGCGACGUCAACAUGCACGGCGCCGACGACUCCGCCGUGCGCGUCGUGCCAGACGAGCUCCGCUUCACGCUCUAUCGCCACUGGAGUCUGGAGACGAGCAUGUACCAUACCAGCUAUGUCGCCGCUAAGCUCGGCAUCUGGCGCGAAAAGGGAAUCAGCAAGCUGCGUGGCCUGCUCGCCAAGAUGGGCCUGUCGCUCGCCAACUGCCGGCAGACGUACGAGCACAUGGACCUCGACCUGCGCAACUCGCUCGUGAGCCGCAUGGAAUCGAUUGCGCCAGAGUACGGCUUGACCGACCUCGUCUUUCAGUCCUUUACGCGCUCGUACGGCUUCCGCUCCAUGCCGCUCAGCGCGUCAGACGCGGUAGAAGGCAUCUCGGCGCUCCUCCAGGCGGCGCACGGCGUGCGCGUCGAGGUGGAAGGCGUGCAGAUCGUGCGCACGGACUCGGUCGCGAGUACGCGGUCCGUGGACAAUGCGGCGGACCGCGGCGCAUCUUCGUACGGCGGGCGCACGCUCUGGAGCCUCAGCGACACCGGCGUGCACGUCGGCGCGCGGGGCAUUGACGAGGCGGACAACGACCCCGCCGACGACCGCGACAGCGCAGACUGGGAAAACACCGCGUCGGCUACCUGGGUGCAAAACUUCUUCGAGGCAUACCGCGCGAUGGACGUGCAGAAAGCGUCGAGUAUCCACCUGUUGCAAAAGUCGCUUACGUUGGCCAAAGCGCUCCACCAAGCGAUUGUUGCGCAAGGCGUGACGAUUAUUGUGAAGCAGUCCAUCAAGACGCUGCGCUCCUUCCGUCUAUCCGUGCUACAAGACGGUCCCCAACUGAACCUAUUUGUGCACCCCGACACCCUGACACGCCUCGGCUUUUGGCUGAUCGACGCGUUGCGCGACAUUGUCAGCGAGCAGGCCGAGCGGCGCGCGGCCGCCAAGCGAAGCAAACGGCGCAGCAAGGACGAUGCCGGACAGUCCGAGCAGCACACGCUGCAGUCGCUCCCGUUCGUCCUCGCGGCGCUGGACAAGGCACGCGACGUGUACAUCGUCGUCGGCAUCGUCGGCGCGCCCGACUACGGCGACGUGGGCCGCAACCGCUUCGGCCUCGCGUUCCAGGAAGCUGCUGCGAGUAGCGGUGCACGCAUGCGCAAUGACCGCUUCGACUCGAGCGUCCUGGAGGUGAAGCGCGAUGAUCUAUUGGCGUUUGUUGAGGCGCUGCACCUGCAGGCUUAA